AGUGUGGAUCACACGCAGGCGGCCUCCGUGUGGAUACAGAACACUUAUGGCUUUCUCAGGACUGCUGCCCUUUCUUCUGUUGCACCAGACAUUUGCACAACUAGAAGUCUCGGCUCCAUCUCCUCAGCGGGCACUUAAUGGAUCCACUGUGGUUCUGCCGUGCACCUUCUCUAUCACUAAAUUGUCCUUUGAUCCCAAAUACCUCGCUGUGUUAUGGAGUUUUCAGGGAAGGCAGAUACUGCUGUAUGACAAUAAAGGCAUAACCAAGCAUCCAAGGGUGGCGUUCGAUGGAGAGGCAGCAAAAGAUGGAAAUGCUUCGCUCACAGUUGCCAAUGUGACUCUCUCUGAUGGAGGGACCUACUCAUGCCUGGUCAUUUACAGUCCAGAACGAAUAGAAAAGAACAUUGUACUGGAUGUGCAAGCCAGGCCUGGGAUCAUACUACGUGAUAAAGCAGUCCGUAAAGACAGCGAGAACACUCUGAUCUGUGAGGCCGUCGGCUUCUUCCCCGAGGAUAUUGAAAUAACAUGGACUUUAGAUGGAAGAACCGAAAAUAAUUCUUAUAUAAAAGACCAAGUGAAAAACAAUGACGGCACCUACAAUGUGAGCAGCGCUGUGACAUUCACUAUGAGACCACAGUCCAAGACCCUAUCCUGUGCCGUCCAUCAUGCCUCCCUCCAUCAACCAUUACGAGAGGAACUGCUGCUCAGAUGCGAAGACACAAGCCCGGCUGGGAUCAUUGCUGCCUGUUCUGUUAUUGGGAUUAUUCUGAUAAUUAUCAUCGCUGGUGUUCUGUACUGGAAACUAAAACUGAGAAGGAAAGUUAGCGGACCGUUCAUAGUAAGAGACAUUGAGGGUCCUCCUAAGCUGAUUGAUGGAGAGGAGGCCACCCUGUACUACACAGUGGACAACUGCCCCGAGAACCUGUGUGUGACCUGGCUGAUGAGAAGAGCUGGACAGAUCCAGGAGAUCCAGACGUCUCAGGUGAGAGAACAUUCUGAAGAAGAAGAGGAGAGCUUACUGGAUGCGUCCUAUGUGAUCAGAUCACAACGAGAGGGACAUCAGUACUUAUCAUCACUGAGCUUCAUACCCAAUAUGGAAAGACACAAAGAUGUCACCUUCAUCUGUAGAGGGGUCUCCAGUCAACAUAAUGAUGAGAAGAAGUUUCACUGUAAGACGAUUUAUGUAAAGCCCAAGCUGUCACAGACAGUAAUAAGAAGUCUGUUUGUCUCCGGAGAGAUGAAGUAUUUACUCAAUCUGGAGAAAUUUUAUCCUAAAAACAUCAGGAUUGUAUGGACAUGUGGAGUGGGAGAACCAGAAGAAGUCCUGUCAUCCACUGAAUCAUGGUCAGAUAAUCCUGACAGAACCUACAGCGUCUCCAGUGAGGUCAGAAUCCCUGAGGAACGUCACAAGGAUCCAGGAUUCAGAGUCCGAGUGACCUGGGACCAUGAAUCAUUGGGAGAAGCAGAAUCCAGGGAGCUCUCUAUCCGAGACUCAGAUUACAGAUGGAAGCCAGUUGUAGAAGAGAUCCAGAUUCCCCGUCUACUUCAUGGCACCCCGGCCACCCUGCAGUGUAAUAUCUCGGGGUAUUUCCCGGAUGCAGUCACUGUGAGAUGGAGGAGACGUGCUGGAGAUGAGAUGUAUGAAGAGACUGAGAACCAGAGGAUAACAUCCAGGAGAACGGCCGAUAACACCUGUAACUGUACCUCCAGUCUGACCAUCACCCCCACACUGGAGACACAUCAGGGGGCAGAAUAUAUAUGUCUGGUGGAGCAUCCCACCCUGGAGACACCCAUAGAGAAAACCACUGGGAGGCUACAAGUACUUGCUGAACCCCAGAUGCCGGAUCCUAUACAGAUCUCUAUGACAAAAUCAUCUCGUGUUCAGUUCUCUCUGAAUCUACAGAAGUUUUACCCAAAAGAUAUCAAAAUCUCCUGGCACUGGGAAAAUACAUCUGGUAAAUAUGGAUUAUCACCGGAGCAAACCUUCAGAUCACAGAAAGAUCUCACAUAUGACGUCACCAGUGUUGUCCGGAUUUCUAAUAAUUCAUUCAAUGAUCCGGAGAUGAAAAUCAUUGUAACGUGGAAACACGAGGCUAUGGAGACGCCAGAGACAAGAUCACUGAGUAUCAGAGAUCUGCCCUGGACUCCACAUGUUGGAUCUAUCCGGGGACCUGAGCUGGAAGAUGGUAAAUCAGCCACACUGACCUGCGAUAUAUCCGGAUAUUUCCCUGAUCUUCUAUCUGUUAGCUGGUUCAUAAAGAGGGAUGGAAACCUGACGGCUCUGCCCAUAGAAUCAACAAAGACGGAGAAUAAUUACAAGAUCUCACAGAAGAAGAGACAGAAAGAUAAAACUUACUCCUGUGAAGCUUCACUGACUUUUACCCCAUUAAUAAGUUCAGACGAAGGAUCAGAAAUCCUCUGCAGAGUGAAGCAUCCCAGCCUGGAGCCCCCCAUAGAGACCAGCACCCGACCCCUACACAUAGGUGUGAAAAAGAAAACCAUUGUUGACGACGUCACUCAAGGCUUUGAGACCUUCACCCAUUCGAUGAAAGAAAUGUUCAGCUCUAAGACCAGCAACGAUGAGAUUGAGAACGCAGAAGAAGCCACAGAAGAAGACAAGACCACUGAGGACAGAGGAGCAGAAGUUCAAGAAGAAACAAAAAACUUGACUCUUGAAAAAGACAAUGGAAGUUAAUGUCCUUUAUUACAGAUCAGGGGAUAUAUACAGAAUACAGCGGAUGUCUGUGUGUGGUGUAUUACUGCCCACAGUUACCAGUUUUAAUACCAGAUGAUCAGCACCCAGGUGAAAGGUGAGGAUAUUACAUGGAUUCAUGCUGCAGCCUCAGUUAUACUCUUCUUCUGGAAGAAAGUAGAGGGAGACCUAUAAGACCCAUGUACAGGAUUACUGCCGGGCAGUCAGUAUGUGGCUACAGCAGGAGAUAUAAUAGGGAGAUCGGUCACAAAUUACAGUAAAGCUAUAUGAAGUGACUUAGUAAUCUGCAGCAGUAAUUGAUAAGUGAGGUGGGUGUGCAUAUGGUAUGUAUUCACCACUAGUCCACCAGGGACAUCACAGGCUGCUCUCUGAUGGGCCAAAAAUACUGUCCCUCUGAACAGACUUGUAAAGUUUCUGCUGCCUGCUAAAAUGUGCACAUAGGAACAGCAACAGUGCUCUACUAAUGAAACAGAGACUUAUUUAAGUGAGUGCUCACAAUCAUGUGUGCUGCUGGUACCUUAAAGGGGCUGUCCAAGUUAUUUUUUUGUUCUUUGUAUGUUUCUAACUAAUUAAAUGUAAAGGCGUUACCGUGCACUUACUGCAUCUACAGUUGCUGCUUUCUCAGAUUUCACUGAGGGUCACAUGACCUGUGAUGUCAGCUUCUCUCGCUGCCUCUGGGGUGAGUGGGACCUUUGCAACUGUGGGCAGUUUUAAAAGUAAUCUAUCCAGAUGCCUUUGCUGCUCCACCAUAUGGCUGUCCCACCUAGAUUGCGGAUCUCAAAACCUUAUCUAUUUAUUGGAAUGCCCCUGUGGAUUACAAUAUGUUGGUCGUACUAUACAGACACUUAAACAUAGGUCUAAUAUAAAGAAAAAAUACCUUCAGCCUUGUGUUUCUCGCCAUGCGGCUGAACACCACGAGGGGAGCUUUGUAGGCUUUAAAGUAAUACCCAUCGAAAAAUACCAAAUGACUGUUGAAAUACUGGUGAAGCUUUAAAAAGACGGGAAAUGUUCUGGAUUUUCAAGCUGAACUGUUUGAAUCCUAAUGGUCUUAACGAAGCUUUCAAAAUAAAUCAGUGAAAAUUGGAACUGGGGCACCUAAAAAGCUCUAUAUCAUAAGCACUGACCCCAGGCAGGGGAUCCCAAUUAAAGUCCAUGGACGAUGAGAUCCCUUUAUUUCCUAUGGCCUUAUUUGAAAGAUUCACUAGGCAUAGUGAAAAUGGAAAAGAGUGCCCAUUUUGGCGCUUUUAUUAAGCACCAGCACAUUUUAUCCCACAACUUAGACUGUUGCUUAUCCAAUACACAUUCAAACCCUGAAUCUAAUUUAUAAUUGGGUAUAGGGUAAUAUCUAGCCUAAGAUCAUAAUUAUAGUUUUUAAGUAGUCACCGAGGAAUAGCCUAUUUUAUAAUAAGGUCCGCACCUUUGGUUUCGAUGCCUUCUCAUUACAUAUCCAUUACAGAAUUGGUUUAAUUAAUGAAAAUAAUGUUAUGUAUUGCAAUAUUGGGUCUAAAAAUGAAACCCAUUAUUUAUGUACAGUAAUAUUUUUUGCAUGAUAAUACUAUACACUUUUAUAUAUGUUUUUAUAAAAUCAUAUAUUUAUUUCUAAUCAUACCUCUCCAAAUUCAUUGAUAUAGUUUUAUAUUUCAGUUAUUUUAGUAAUGUUAGGUUUCCCUAAUAUUCUUAUUAUAUUCAGCUAUUGUAGCGUUCUCACUUUGAAUUUCUUUCGGUAGCCGCACGGUUCCAGCAUCACUGGUGCCCUGGCAACACCAGCGUCAUGUGGUCCAUUUCUUUGGACACGUGGCCAACACUGGUGGCCAUGUG